CGGAACCCCAGGCGCGCCGCCCGUUCACUUGCUCAAGCAAGGUGGCUAUGUGGAGUACGACUGGCAGGCAAUCAUCGCAGAGCUGUGCCAUUCAUUCAACGGCGAGUAUGACAACAAGACUUGUUGCUCCGCGUUCGAGUGCAUGCAGUGCGCCCUGGCGCCGGACUCGCUGGUGGGGAGCACGCCUGCGCAUUGCCAGUGCGUGGCGGUGCAGCUCCGUCUGGCCAAGAUGCGCUUGUACACUGGAGCUUCUGGGCCCGCGGCCGCGCGCCGCGCGCGACGUGGAUGCCCGUCCAUGGGUUCGCUGCGCACUCCCGUCUUUGCCCCCGCCGCGUCACGCGUCACGGAGCACCGCUGCCGCUGGAUAGGGUGCGAGAGGGCGACGGCCUGGCGAGUCAGCGCCGAGAUAUCCGCGCGCAUUGCCCAUGCGAAGGCACACGCGCAGGGCAUGGAGCGCAGAUCUCUUGGCCAAGUUAGCGGACAGCUCGCGCCGCCGUGCGUCUCCGUGGGUGUCGCUGAGCAACUUGGCUCCAUCCGCGCGCGUCGAAUAUUCGACGCGCGCUGGCCUAAGUGCGGUCUGCCGCAGGCGUGGUGGCGCCGACAGUUGGAGCGACCAGCUGUGCCCGCGUCGGCGCGCCAGUCGUUCAUGACCUGCGUGAGUCACGCCAGUUUGCGCGCGCGCGACACUGCACUAGCCGGCCACGACGCGCGCCGACCAAGGAACCUCACCAUUCACUACGGCCACGGGCAAGGCCGGGCCAGCAACGUGCGCUACCGCGACGGCCUGCCAGGCCAUUCAACGCCAGCGCAUCGCGUAUGCACGGCCGCAUCCAGUAGCCGUGCCCACGCCAAACGCCAGUGCGCGCCUGCGUUCGACCCGUGCAUCUCGGUCAACAGCAGCUGCGCCAACAAUGUCGCUGACGCCGCCGACCACGGCAGAUGCAAUUACGGCGACGACAACACCAUCGACCACGACAGUGCCGUCUGCGACCAUCUAUGCGCCGCCAACUCGCGCAGUCAUCCUAACAGCAGUGCGGCCAUGGCGCAGCACGCAGAUUCGGGAAGGUACAUCCGCUUGCUCAUUGAAAUCUGCACAGUAACGGUCUGGACUGUCCGGGCGCCCUCCCAGCGCAGGGCGGGCGGGCGGACUGAGUCGAGCGAAGACUGCUGCCAAAACUUCAGGCGACCUCCAGCGAGCAGCGCCGCAGUCGCGUCCGAGGGAACCCCUGCGCACAUCAAGGAGCUGCCCGAUCUCCAGGCAGACUCCCGCGCUCGUUCCGCCGCCACCUUGCAGUGGAAAUUUCCGGGCGCUGGGAUCGCCCCGGACGGCGGCCUGAGCCCGAGUCGCGAGGCCCCCUGUAUGAACAGUCGCGCAUCCUGCCGCGUCGCCUCGCCGCGAAUGCCGACGCGUCGACGCUGUGACCACGGCGCCGCCGCGACUGGCUGCCUCGUGCGCAUCGAGGCCAGCAUGCGGCAUAUCUGCCAGACUCCCCCCAUGAACUCGGCGGGGCGGCUGGGGCCGAGCGAGGGCAGCGCGGCGAAGGACGACGCGAUGAAGGCCGUCCAGGACUUCCUCAACAUCGCGCGCCGCCAGACCUCGAAGUUGGCGCUGGCGGCCUCCAGGGCCCCCGUCGCGGAGCUUUCGUUUUUCCUGGGGCACUUCUUCCAGGAGGCCUUCUCCCGCGCCGGGAUUCUCAACGUCGCGAUGCCCAGGGAGUUUGGGCACGCCUCCCUGCCCGCCAGCAAAGGCACGCGCGCCCGUGCGCCCCCGGCGAGGAUGGGCGCCUCCAGCCUUGAGGAGGCGACCAUCCCCGACGCUUGCGCCCAGGUGCCAAGUCUCACGGCGAAUGCCAGCGACUAUAACAAUAAUCAGAGCAUCAUGGAUAUCUCCAUGCACGACAUCUGGCCGACUUCUGAGCUGAUCCGGUCACGCCCAGAGUCGCUGGACUUGUAUCGGCCGCCAGGCGACGCGCCAGACACUCGACUGGCGCCAUGCGCGCGUGCCCGGCUGCGGCACCUCCGCGCCAGCUUCGUUGCGAGGCGCCAGCACGGCAGCGCGCCACCACAGAGGUGGGGAGUCGUCACGAUCCACAACCGUGGUCAUGGUCGGCUCAGCUUAUCACGCGUACAGACUGGCCACAAGCGAGUUGGCAAGCCUCUGAGGGUUCGCAUUAUUCCGUUCGGGCUGAG